UAUGGCAACUUGGACCGAUGCGCAUAUGUGCCCGGUCCUACAUUAUAGCUGACUGACUGAGGUGUCUUCGAAGCAUUGCUCGUAUGUUUUGGGACCAUUAAGUUAGCAUUCCUGAAGUUAGGCGCAAACGAUUCGGUAAGAAUAGCAAAUCAGUUGACAGUGUAGUGAAUCCUUGUUGAUUGAUAUUACUGAAAUACGUAUCGCAUAUGCCCAUCCACCGGCUAACUCGAUACUUGAUGGUUGGUGCAGGAGUAUAUUGGGAAGAGAGCUAAUGGCGGCUAAACUAAGUUAUGUCAUCAGCCUAUAAAGAGACUGACUGUUAAACUGAGUCAUUUAAGUAUGUACAGACUGCCUGAUAGGAUUUUUCAUGAUUGUCGUAGCCAACGGUUGGAAACUUAGGGUGAGGUUCACUCCUUUUUCUUCCCUUAGAACAUAGGUUUCUAAAUUCCUUGUAAGAGUAUCUCACUAAUUUAUAUUUUGUCGUAUCGUAUAUUUGAUUUUCAAUCUUUUUAAUGUCACUAAUACUGUUACUACCUCUACUAUUCUGGAAUUCUCCGUAACAGUUUCACUUCACCGUUCUAAUGAGAUGUGAAACUUAAACUGAAUUCCACAUAUGCCAGGUUGUACGUUAUGUAUGCCUGACUGACUGGAAGGCCGAUACAAUGUGACUACCAUAAAUUUAACCGUUGAAAAUGUUCUAGAGUUCAAAGGGCGCUAUAAUUCUUAUAACUCAAGUUUAAACGAAAUAAAAUAUCCGGUUUUAUGUUUCAGCAGUGCCAACUAUGAGUUGUGUUAUAAAUUCUGAUUUUCUGGGAAACUCUUAUUGACUAUUUUAUAUAUUGCCACUAAAACUCAAAAUUCUUAAAGAAGGAUAUAAGUCAAUUAUUUAAUUUCGCUUGGUUUUAGAGAUGCGUUUUAAGAAUAAAUUUUCCUUUUUUCAAUUUCUUGAGAGUUGAUCAAUCGUGUAUCUGUAUUCUACUAAUUUGCUUUUAGUGUUUGUAGACCAUAUACUCUUACAAAUGGUUUUUAUUAAUCAACUUACAUAUGAUUUUGUGAGAUAUUGAAAAAUACAUAAGCCUUUAAAUGGUGUGAAUAUUUGUGAUGCACCUUUAAUAUUAGAAUGUACUUUUAAAUCAUGUUCCUACUAAGUUUUAAACAUAUCAAGUUAUGAGAUAAUUUAACUAUUAAUACUUUUGUUGUAUCUGCCUCCAGUAAUUUUAUUGGGACUUCAAUAUCAAUAUCCGUCUAACUGUUAUCAAAUCUUAAUUUUACCUCAUACAUGUUGGUUGUUUGGGUCUUCUCAUUGAUGUUCAAGUCUGCGAUUGAUCAGUUUCUUGAUAUAUGUGCAUCUUGUUCAGAUCGCCUUGACGUUACUAUUAAGUCACAAGCAGUUUAAGCAGAGAUGAAUAGUGGCAAUAUUGAAGUCAUCUGGACAGGAUGCACAUAUGCUAAAAUGACUGACCGAUUGCAGUCCUAAACAUCAAUGGAAAGAUCGAAGCAACCAAUAUAUAUGAAUUAAAACUAAAAUCCAUCCCACUCUACAAAUCAGUGGCUAUCAUAACUCAGUAGCUAAGUUUAUAACGCGGUGGCGUUUGAAGCGUAGGGUAUUGAGUUGGAGCCCCGGAGUAAACACCAACUCUGGAAUCCACUGCUAGCUGCCACUCAUCUUUGCUUAAAAUGUUAUCAAAUCAUUUUCUAAAAUUAAAAUACUUAUUCCAAUUAUUGUAUUUGUAAGUUGUUAAGAUUUUUAGUUUUAAAACUAGUUGGUUUGUAGAGAAUGGCAUUUAUUUUAAUGCUUACUAUUUUUGAGUUGAUCUAGUCACGAUAAUGGUAAAAAAUUUGUCAACUCGCUUAAUUUCAUUAGGAUUUUUGAACCAAACGUUUGGGAAGCCCAUAACUUCAACAAUGUAAAUUCAUUGCAUUCUGGAUUGACUAAUCAUGUAUCAAAUGUUAAUCUUUUCGGUCCUCCUGAAAGGAGCCCUAGUAUUUAUCUGAUUGUAGGCGUUUUAAUGCUGUUUGGGUUAUGGUUUACAUCCAUGCUGACCAUUUGCUUUGUUCGUAUUCUUUUAAAACCUGGAAAAUCAACUCUUAAACAUGAUGGUUUAUCAAAGAGUCGAAAGAUUCUACAAGCACUUGAGAAAAACUUAUCCCAUCAGGUAGAAACUUAUGAUUUAAAAUCGCUUAAUGUUAUUAGUUCAUAUGACAAUAAUGAUAAUUCAGAUUAUCUAAAUUGGAAUGAAGUAAACAAAAUUCUUGGCCAGUCGAAAAUCAAUAUGUUUUUCUCCAAUACUCAGUUAUCAGCACUUGUUAGUUUGCUUCACGAAAGUUACAUUAUAGAAACAAAAUAUCUAUUAGAAAAAAUCAGUGGAACUGCUCAAAAGCUUUCAGUUGCCGAAGAUCUAUAUAUCAAAUCACAAACCAAGAAAUUUCUGUUAAUAUUUCCAUGUUACAGCAAGAAAUGUAUAGAUAAAGAAAUGUAUAUGGUAAUUAAUAGAGUAAAAAUUAAGGUUUCCGAUCUAAAACAUGAAGUAAUAACUCAUAACAGACGAUGGCGUUGCAUUUUAGCGGUUUUACAUAACUCAUGUACUAGUUUUGCUGGGUUCUAUAAUGUAAAUGAUAUUUCAACCAGUUCAAACUCUUUCAAAACAACCUUCGAAUGUAAGGAGUCAGAAAAUCCUGAACAAGUUAAGUCAUUUUUUAAAGAUACUUGUGACAGUAAAAACGAAAGUCAUGAGAAGUUGGAUAAUUUCACUACCGAAUUUUUCGAAAAUAAAAAUAAAUUCAUUUUACCUGGUGAGAACGAAUCAGUCACUGGGAAGUGUAAUAAUGAUGAGGAUUUUCCUGAGGAUCCUAGGAAUAUAUCGAAAAAUGAUGUUCCUGAUUCUUAUGGUGAUAAUGCACAGAUGGUCGAUGCAAAUAAACAAAACUACUCUAAUCUACAUUCUACAAAAAUUCCUACUUUCAUCCAUUUUUCACUUUCAUCUCAGAAAACAUCUAGAAAGUGGAAGUCUGGUUGUGUUCAAAAGAAGCAUAUUUUUCAGCAUGUAUAUGGAAGCGGGUUAUCUGCUCUUUCAACCAAACACCGCUCUGGCAACAUUUCUCAAAAUGGGGAAUUAAGAAUACCGUUUGAAGGUUUUACUAACACUACUAACCCUGCCACUGGAAUACGAAAACCCGAGUCAAUUAAAUUCUAACUUUAUUUUUAUCCUAGUUUGCUCGGACGUUUAUAGAAGUAUUAAGAUUACUCGAACAUUCGGGUUGCUAAUUUCAGAGUUCAUAUGAUCUCGUCACGUGUCUGAUUCGAAUUUUCCACCAAAUGAAAUAUUCUUCGUGACAUUAACUAUGAGAUUUUCCGUGAAUUAAAUAUGAUUUACUGAGUCUGAAUUUUCGAGUCAUUUUUAAGAUAAUUUACGUUGAUACACGUAUGUUGUUUGCAUACAAAUGUAUUAAGGUCGGAUUUUUCAUUGUUGUUAUUCACAAUUGUGUAGUGAUUUAUUUUUAUCAACAGAACGCGAUUGGUGCGAUAGAAACAGUUACUAUUAUAACCGGUUGUACCAGGGAUCGUUUAACUGUACUAAGAACAUACAAUCUUCCAUUGAUUAUCACCUUGCACGAACUCGGUUACUCUCAGUAACCACACUUUGACUCAUUUGGAACGUUCUCGGUAUUCCUUCAGUGC